AUGGAGGAGACCAACCAAACUGUGAUGAUUUACUUCUACUUCCGCCCCUUCUCCAAGCUCCCUGAGGUGCAGGUGCUGAUUUUUGUGACCUUCCUGAUUAUGUACCUGGUCAGCAUCAGUGGCAACGUCUCCAUUUCCCUCAUCACUUGGACCCAUCAUUCUCUCCACACCCCCAUGUACUUCUUUCUGGCCAACCUGGCAGCCCUGGAGAUCUGCUAUUCCUCCACCAUUGCCCCUCUGACCCUGGCCAGCAUCCUGUCCCCUGACACAACCACAAUCUCCCUUCCUGGAUGUGGUGCCCAGAUGUUCUUCUUCAUUCUCCUGGGCAGCACUGACUGCAUUCUGCUGGCCAUCAUGGCCUAUGACCGAUUUGUGGCCAUCUGUCACCCUUUGCAUUACACUCUUAUCAUGAGGUGGCAGCUGUGUGUCCAACUGGCCCUGGGGUCUCUGGUUCUUGGAUUCAUCUUGGCCGUGCCAUUGACUGUGCUCAUCUUCCAACUCCCCUUCUGUAGCAGCAAAGAAAUCAGCCUCUUCUACUGUGAUACCCUCGCUGUCAUGAGGCUAGCCUGUGCAGAUACCCAGGUUCAAGAGGCCACUGUGUUUGUGGUCAGCGUCACUGUCCUCACCAUCCCAUUCCUGCUCAUCACUCUUUCCUAUGUCUUCAUUGUGGCCACCAUCCUGAAGAUCCGCUCUGCAGAGGGGAGGCGCAAGGCCUUCUCCACGUGCUCCUCCCACCUCACUGUGGUCCUCCUCCAGUACGGAUGUGGAAGCCUCAUCUACUUGUGCCCCAGCUCCAGCUACUCUCCUGAGAGGGGCCAGGUAGUGCCUGUGGUUUACACAUUCAUCACCCCUGUGCUGAACCCCUUCAUCUACAGCAUGAGGAACAGAGAGCUUAAGGAUGCUUUGAAGAGAGCAAUGAUGAGGUUCUUGCUGCCCCAAACACAACAAGUACUCUGA